UUGACUGGGUUGACACUGUGUCAUUGAUACCACUGUGUCAUUGAUACCAAUGAAUCACAACGCUUGCCGACUGACUACAUAAAGUUUGUAAUAUUAGACGAGAGACAGGCAGAGGCGUUGAAUUGCCUCCCUUGAAAAUGGUACAGUCGAUAAAUUCAGUCCCACACCGUGUCAUCUGAGAGGGUGUAAAAUAGCGACGACCUAUAAUAUCAGCCCUUAUAUCGAUUGAAACUUGCACUGCGACACAAUGGGAAAUUCAAGAGACGACAGCCUGGAGCAGACAUCUUCGGACUGUCGCGACGCUCAGAAACGAACUGCACGUAAACUGCGGACGCUUGCGCGGGCGUUGCGAGAGAAACAGAGACAGAUGAAUAUUGCUAAAGUGUCCUUCCACUCUGCUGGUAUUGUUUCCGGUGGAUUGUCCCUCGCAGGCGCCAUUCUCGCUCCUUUCACUGGAGGUCUGUCCAUCGCACUUAUAGCAGUAGGUGGAGGAAUGGGGAGUAGCUACCGGGGUAGGUGACCUGACAACUCAAGCAAUUGAGUUCACCGUUGUCAACAAGGCAAUAGAAGACGCCCAAGCAGAACUCGACCGGCUGAGUAGGAAACUGAAGAAAUUAGUCGAAGAACUAACAAGUCGACUGAAAGGCUACGGAAUGUCAGCAUAUGAAAUUGGGCGGAUGUUAAAAACAAGUGGUGGCAUGGCAUAUGGGGUUUAUUCGUUCCAUCAACAAAUCAAGAAAGCCAUUGCCAUCGUAAGAGCAGCGUCUCAUGCUCAGAAGAUUGCACUGUCCCUAGACGGUGGACAGGUUGUUGCCGAUGCUGUUGAAGGUGCAGUGGCCGGAGCGAGAGCAAAUCCGAAACUCGCAGGUGGGGUUGCUGGGUUUAAGGCUCUCAGCAAGGGUGCCAAAGCCCUCCGCGUUGCCGGUGGUAUUGGGACAGCGAUAGGAAUUGGUUUGAGCAUUAAAGGACUUGUUGAAGACAGCAUCAAAGUUGAAAUUAAUGUAUCUGAAGUGGCAGAUGUGCUGGAAAAAAUGGCCGACAAGUUGAAGGAAUGCUGAACCAUCACGAGCGACUGCAUGUAUGUAUUGAACAGAGGUGUUCACGUGACACAAAGGGGAAUAACUCUCUCAUCGGCCAGAGUAUAUAAUUCCACAAAUGGCAAAUCCACUAUUCAUUUGUAUCUGUGGUAUAAGGCGUUGGUACAUUUCAUAACAUUGCGCUGUCUAUUUUAUCAAUCUGUUAUCUUCUCGUAUAUCUGGUUUCUCACUGCAUUGCCACCCUGAAACAUCAUUUGU